AUGGAGAGGUUGCUCUCCAAACUCUCACCAAAGCCUCGGUCUUUCAUCGCUCAAUCUUCGCUAAAACAAGGAAUAUUCACGAAGUUGACUGAGCACCAGGCACUGGUUGAGAAUCAAGAUGACUAUCUUACCAAUAGUAUGACUGCCCCGGGAAAUUAUGGAGAAAUCGGCAAGUCACUCCGCACAUCGUUGCAUCCGGCCGUCAAAGAAUCACUCCAUGCUCCUGCGCUCAUGGAUACCGUCGGUCUUGAUGCGGGACUUGUCGAGACACCUGAAGUGCUUCGCUUGAAGCAGGAAUUGAUCGCAGCCAAUUCCAAAAUUGCAUUGCAAGAGCAGGAGUUGGCACAGACACGUGUGAUCAAACACACCUUAGACCAGGCUCUUGGUUCUCCCUCUGAAGCGGAGUUUAGUGAGCGUGAAAUCUCCGAGCAGACAAUAAGCAACCUGCAGAAUGCAUUCAACGCCUCCAUUCCAGCUUUCAAUCAUCUCCAGGAUAGAUGGAACGCCCAAGAUGAUUCUCAGUCAGACAUAUCGGAUGCACUUUCUUCUGGUGCGUAUGGUAAGGCACGAGGCUUCUGGGUUACCCCAACACAAGGGGCACUGGGGAUGAACGCCAAUGCUGGGACUGCCGAUAAAAGCUAUGGCGAGACCCUGCCCUGGCCUAUCAAUCCAUUUGGUCAAGAAGCCGGUGGCGUUUGGGGUGGUGCAACUGCGAACACCGAUGGCAUUGGUCACCCUCUAGCAUCCCACAGGGUGUUUUCAGGGCCCUCCCCUGGAACCUGCAAUGCCGAUACGCGGUUUUCUGGUGAGCCAGCCAGGUACCUUCAAAGCCCCAACUUUGGGCCACGCAGAUCAUUCACUCAAACAAACCGUGGUGCAUCUUGUUUUCCGGCCCAAAACUCGCCUUGGGGGACGUUUUCGACCGGUUCUCCUGGUGGAAAUAUACCCAGAUCGCCAACCAACCGACAGAGUACUUAUCAGCAAGUUGGAUAUUUCCCGACCCCCUCGUGUUCCCAGAGACAUAUUGACACCCCGUUGUCUCCCACGGCCACUGAGUUCACUUCUUCUAGUACAACCGUAGUGCCUUGGGGAAAUUCAUCGAUGAGCGGGAACUACAACCAGACUUACGUUUCACCACUUGAGCCGUUAAACUACCGCCGACUUCUCGACAAGAACGUUUCUUGCGAUUGGAGGUACAUUGUAGACAAGAUUGUCUGCAAUAACGACCAACAAGCGUCCAUUUUCCUGCAACAGAAGCUCAAAGUUGGAACUACAGAGCAAAAGUACGAUAUCAUUGAAGCGAUAGUGCAUCAGGCUUACCCACUUAUGGUCAAUCGAUUUGGCAACUUUCUAGUGCAACGUUGCUUCGAACAUGGCACUUCGGAACAAGUUGUUGCCAUUGCCAAUGCAAUCAAAGGCAAUACCUUGAACCUCAGCAUGGACCCUUUUGGUUGCCACGUAAUCCAAAAGGCGUUUGACUGUGUCCCCGAGGAGCAUAAGGCUGUUAUGGUUCACGAGUUGUUGCGCAGAAUCCCAGAAACAGUCAUACAUCGGUAUGCGUGCCAUGUCUGGCAGAAACUCUUCGAGUUGCGCUGGAGUGGGGAGCCACCUCAAAUCAUGGCUAAAGUCAACGACGCACUGCGCGGAAUGUGGCAUGAGGUCGCCUUAGGUGAGACAGGGAGUCUAGUAGUUCAGAAUAUAUUUGAGAAUUGUGUGGAGGAUGAAAAGCGACCGGCUAUCGAAGAAGUGCUAGCUAAGAUUGACGUGCUUGCACACGGUCAAUUCGGGAAUUGGUGUAUCCAGCACAUAUGUGAGCAUGGUGCUUCUCACGACAAAAGCCGUGCCAUUGAGCAUAUCAUCCACUGGUCGGUUGAUUAUAGCAUGGACCAGUUUGCCUCUAAAAUAGUAGAAAAAUGUCUGAAAAUAGGAGGUCCGGAGUUCUUGGACCGCUACCUCGCUCGAGUGUGCACCGGCCGUACUGAUCGACCUAGAAUGCCUUUGAUUGACAUCGCUGGAGAUCAGUACGGCAACUACUUGAUCCAGUGGAUUUUGAUGAAUGCUGCACCACACCAGCGUGAGCUUGUAGCCAGUCAUAUCAGAAAACACAUGGUUUCUCUGCGUGGUUCGAAGUUCGGAUCUCGUGUAGCCAUGCUUUGCUGCAACCCAUCCCAUGCGACUCGGCCGGGACCAGGUGCUGGAAUCCAAGUCAAUCGUUUCAACAACUAUACCGAGGACAGAUUCCAAGUCGCUGGACACCAUACUGGAAGAUUCCAUCGUGGCAACCAGUGGAAUUCCAACUACGCGCCGUUCCGCUGA